ACACUAAUUGGGCUGAUGCCCUGAAAAGGACACGACAACCCAACCAUUGUUACAGAUCUGUCUCUCAACCCUUCCAACGAUCUCUUGAACAGAUAGACGUAAGCCCACACACACGCACACGCACGCUCCUUAAAAUUCCCACAACGGCUCGGUUCUGGGACACUCGGAUAGGCGCUGGUGGCUGGCACGGAUUGCUGCUGGAGUCUUAUUUCCUAAAACAAUGGAAAGACCAAUGUGAUCUCGUCACUACUUUCUUCUAAACCGAAAACAAGAAAGUCUCCACCCAGCAAGUUCUCACAGUAAACCUCCCACCAUCCACCCAUCAUCCACCCACCAUCCACCUACCAUCCACCCACCACCCUCCCCGACAUGACAGCGCAAGCUCCUCAACAGUCCGUGUCUGUUCUCGGCACUGGAAACUUUGGUCAAGCCAUCGGGAAGCGACUUCUCAGAUCGCAGUAUGACGUCACUUUCGGAAGCAGACGACCAAAAUCACGGGACCUUCAGAAGACGCGUGAUGACACGUUCGGUACCCCUCGUGUUGUGGGGAUGCGUGAAGCCAUGAAAGAAAGUGACGUCAUCGUGUUAGCUCUGAGGGUGGCCAAUUUCCAAAGCUUCGCCCGAGAGUUCCGGAGUGACGUAGCCGGAAAGAUCAUCGUGGACGUCUCCAACAGAUCUAAAUCUACGCCAGUGUCCUCGUCCAACGCAGAGUUUCUCCAGGGUCUUUUGCCAGAGGCACGGGUAGUCAAAGCAUUCAGAGGUGUGACGGAGCCAUGA